AUGGCAACUCUCAACGCUCUCAAGAAAGCCCUCAAAAAGGUUAGCGAUGAAGCACCCCGAAAACCAUUGAACGACGAAGAGUACGACGAUGGUCUCAGCCUCUUUUCCCAGGCCUCCGGCGAGCAGACGUACCAAAAGACUUUCAUUAUUCCUCAACUGUCUGAACUGAUAGCCUCCCUCUCAGCACGAGAUGAGAUCUCAGUCGUGGAGAUUGGCCCAGGCCCGGAAAAUGUUCUAGGGCACCUGCCGGCCAUUCUGAGGAAGAGGAUCACGAAAUACGUCGCAUUGGAGCCCUCUUUUCAAUACACUCAAAGUCUCACAAGAUGGCUAUCUCCUAUGGAGGACGAGAGACCACUUCCCUCUUUGAAACAUUUACUCGUUCGCCCGACACCCUUCACACCAGAGAGCUGCAAGGGUCAGAAUUACGAUGACAUUCUCUUCUGCCAUAGCUUAUGUGGAAUGAAACGAGAGGAAAAGAGUAUCAGACAUACUCUCACGAUGCUGUCAAAAGACCCACUUGGCGGUAUGCCAUCAAAGACGACGAUGAAGCCAUCGACAGUUUCGCUCGCUUCAUCGCCAGAUACAGUUCAAUCAUGUGUUCGAUUGGCACUGGCAAACAAAACUAGCUUGGCGAUCUUGGGCGGUGGCCACAGUGAUCAUUGCCUUUGGCCUAAUGUUGUUUCCGUUGAGAUGGGUGCCUUCGACAAAGUCUACGUCGUCAACACACCUCAAAAUGCAGACACAGACUGUUGGGUCGUCGCCGAAGCUGGAUGUGUGACAGUGACCUUAGGCUCUCGACCGAGUGUUGGUGCAGGGUUUUGGCUCCAAGGCGGUAUUGGCCAUCUGGCCAGACACUAUGGUCUCGCGUGCGACGCUAUCGUCGGUGCCGUCAUGGUUGAUGCGAUCAGCGGCCAAGUUCUCUGCAUCGGUCACGUUCCUGAACACAACAUCGACCACCGAAUGCUAUUCGCCACGAACAUGAUGAGGAACUAUUUGCGUAAUUACGGUCAGCCAAACGACCAUAACGCCGAAGAGACACUGGCAAAUGCGAGUCGCGAUGUAUCCAGCCAGUAUCCUCACGGUAUAUCGUCAGACUACGAAGGUGGACAGAUGCGUUGUGGAAUGACCACUUUCUUAUGUUCCUUGAAGGGUGUCUCACACGACAGCUCUAAAGGACUGCUUCUGGAGACUGUGGACGCUAUUGAGCUAUUCGACAAGGAGAUGUACAUAUCCAAGAUGCAUGGAGGACACGGGGGCGGCAAGACCUCUGCCUUCAAACGAUGUGUUUUUCUCAAGGACAUGGCCAACACAGGUGCCAUCAAGGUCUUGAUACCUGCCACGAAGGAUGACUGGGAUUUGGCUUGCGUCUUUACUGGUGUUUGGCCCAGAGAAUAUGAUGGAACACGUAUUUCUAAUGCUGUUAUUCACUGGGUAUAUCGGGUUGUCAACGAGCUCCUGCCAAUGAGCAAAGGGGUCUAUGGUGCAGAUCUUGGACCUGAUCCCCGAGAUAUACACGGAUACAGUAGUCGGGUGGUCAGCAUCAGCAAGGUCACCAAGAGAAAAUACGCAGCCGAAACAGGCGCUGAUCCUGAUCGUCCCUACAAAGAGCAACACCGGAAGUCUAUCAAUGUUUUCUACAAGAACCAACUGAAGACAGAUUCUUUUGUGGCAGAGAACCACUUUCUUGAAAUGUUGAAAGAAAAUGCCUCGGAUGUGCUGUUCAUCACUGGUCUGACAGAGAUGGCUUCUGUUGCAACGUUAUCACACCUUAUUCAUGAUGCUAGGCUGAUCGACGUUCGGAAUCUGGCUGGCAUGGUGUCAACAGCGCCGAAUUUUCCAGGAAAAGACAUCGACUUUCGCUAUGUCCUGAAUAUCGCCCAACAGAAGGGAGGACUCGCGCUGUGCACCUCGCUCCUGAAGAGUCACUUCUCAGGUGACUGGAAAAAGGUGGAUGCUGUAGUCACUAGCGAAACCAGUGGCUACGUCUUAGCCUCUCCGUUGGCUAUGCAAAUAGAGAUUCCUUUGGUUCUCAUCGUAAAGGGUAAUAAAUUUCCCCCACCCACGGUUUCUGUUCAGAGACGUAUGUCGCACAUCUCAUCUCGCAUACUCAACGCGUCGGAUAAGGGCAGAUUUGAGGUGGAUGCCAAUGUAGUUAGCAAAGGCGAUUCAGUGGUUAUAGUCGACGAUGUUCUCGCAACUGGAGAAACGCUCGUGGCGGUGCUCGAGUUGUUGGUCAAGGUUGGCCUACAGCCAGAGGAUAUAAGUGUCAUGGUUGCGGCGGAGUUUCCUUUUCAUCGUGGACGAGAGAAGUUAUGGGCACAUGGGUUCAGAAGAGUGGCUGUUCAGAGCCUCUUGGUUUUGGAUGGGCAGUAGGAGGAAAUGCUCGAGGUGUCUGAGCUGACGGGCUCGCUGAACCAAUUUUUUGUAUGUAGGCUGGGAUAUCCUUGACUCCAUCUGCGGAACUCGAAUGGUGCCAUCUUCGUGUAAGUCUCAGAGAACCUGAUAGAAUUGCACCAAUAUAG